AGCGCGGACGUCGCCGCGGCCUUUCGCGACGUCCAGCAGGGCCGGGCCGGGCUCGGGCUUCCUUCCCGCAGCCGGGCGACCGCGGGGGCGAUGUUCGGUGCGGGGGACGAGGACGACACCGAUUUCCUCUCGCCCAGCGGCGGUGCCAGAUUGGCUUCUCUGUUUGAAUUGGAUCAGGCAGCUGCUGGCCAUGGAAAUGAAUUCUUCCAGUACACAGCCCCAAAGCAGCCGAAGAAAGGCCAGGGAAAGGCAGCCACAGGAAACCAGGGGACACCGAAAACGGCACCUUCCGGCACGGGCGCACCCGCCGUGUUGGUGGCAAAGGCGGUGCAUGCGUAUCGAUACACAAACGGUCAGUAUGUGAAGCAGGGCAAAUUUGGUGCUGCCGUCCUGGGGAAUCACGUGGCCAAAGAGUAUAAGAUUCUUCUUUAUAUCAGUCAGCAACAGACAGUGACGGUUGCAAGGAUUCAUCUGAACUUUGAUCUCUUGGUUCGGCCCAAUAACUAUAGCACCUUUUAUGAUGACCAGAGACAGAAUUGGUCCAUCAUGUUUGAGUCAGAAAAAGAUGCCGUGGAAUUCAAUAAACAGGUGUGCAUUGCCAGGUGUAACAGCGCCACUUCUUUGGAUGCAGUGCUCUCGCAGGACCUCGUUGUCUGCGAGGGCCCUGCGGUAGAAACUGGAGAUUCCUUGGAGGUGGCCUACACAGGCUGGCUCUUCCAGAAUCACGCGCCGGGUCAGGUUUUUGACUCUACUGCUAAUAAAGAUAAGCUGCUUCGCCUGAAAUUGGGAUCAGGAAAAGUCAUCAAGGGCUGGGAGGAUGGAAUGCUGGGAAUGAAAAAGGGAGAAAAGCGCUUACUUAUUAUCCCUCCAUCCUGUGCUGUUGGUUCUGAAGGGGUAAUUGGAUGGAUUCCAUCAACAGACUCAAUCCUGGUGUUUGAAGUGGAGAUUAGGCGGGUGAAGCUGGCUAGAGAGUCGGGCUCUGACGGGCACAGUGUCGGCUCCCGGGACUCAGCGGCCCCUUCUCCGGUGCCUGGUGCUGACUGCGCCUCUGCUGCGCCUGUGGCCUCACUGCCCACAUCGUUGCCUUUCCAGCCAGGGGAUCCAGCUCUGCGAACCAAAUCUAACUCCAUGGGUGAACAGCUCUCAGCGCACACAAAUCCUGAUACAAUCAAGGCCAAGUUGAUCUCUCGGAUGGCCAAAAUGGGCCAGCCCAUGUUGCCCAUCCUCCCACCACAGUUGGAGUCCACUGAACCGGAGAUCGAAGCUGUGACUAUGCUGCGGGGCGCCGGGCAGCCUUUGGCGGCGCCAUCCAUCCAGCCUUCCCUCCAGCCAGUCCAUCCCGUCCUACCGCAGAUGACCUCACAAGCACCUCAGCCCUCUGUUGCUGGGCUCCAAGCACCUUCUGCUGCCUUAAUGCCCGUUACAUCUCUCGACUCCCAGCCCACUGUAUCUGGAAAUGCCCCGUCCUUUCAGCCCUAUGCAGGUGUGCCGGCCUACGCGUACCCACAGGCCUCGCCCGCCUCCUCGCAGCUGCAGCCCGUGCGGCCCCUGUACCCGGCGCCGCUCUCCCAGUCUCCGCAUUACCAAGGGUCAGGUGACAUGGCUUCGUUUCUCAUGACUGAAGCCCGGCAAAAUAGCACUGAAAUUAGAAUGGCAGUGAGCAAAGUGGCCGAUAAAGUGGAUCAUCUCAUGACAAAGGUUGAAGAGUUGCAGAAACAUAGUGCUGGCAAUUCUCUGCUCAUUCCUAGCAUGUCAGUUACUAUGGAAACAAGCAUGAUUAUGAGCAACAUUCAGCGAAUCAUUCAGGAAAAUGAAAGAUUGAAGCAGGAGAUCCUUGACAAGAGUAGUCGAAUAGAAGAACAGAAUGACAAAAUCAGUGAACUCAUUGAACGAAAUCAGAGAUAUGUUGAGCAGAGUAACCUGUUGAUGGAGAAGAGGAAUAGCUCCCUUCAAACAGCCACAGAAAACACACAGGCAAGAAUAUUGCAUGCUGAACAAGAGAAGGCCAAGGUGACAGAAGAGUUAGCUGCAGCCACUGCACAGGUAUCUCACUUGCAGCUGAAGGUGACAGCGCACCAGAAGAAAGAGACCGAGCUGCAGGUGCAGCUGAGCGACAGCUCCAAGGAGAUGGACCUCCUCAGGACCCAGCUGGCCAGGCUGCAGGCCGAGCGCUCAGAGUUCCAAGAAGCCUCUGAACAAGCACAGUCCAAACUCAAAACGGAAAAGCAGAGCCGGAAGCAGCUAGAACUCAAGGUGACAGCCUUGGAGGAGGAGCUCACCGACCUUCGAGCCGAGAAGGAGUCUCUGGAAAAGAGCCUUUCAGAAAGGAAGAAGAAGUCCGCACAGGAGCGCUGCCAGGCCGAGGAGGAGAUAGAUGAAAUCCGCAAAGCACACCAGGAGGAACUGGACAAACUCAAGCAGCUCCUGAAAAAGGCUCGGGUGUCUACAGACCAGGCGGCUGCGGAGCAGCUGUCCCUAGCGCAGUCUGAGCUGCAGACCCAGUGGGAAGCCAAGUGUGAACAUCUGUUGGCAUCUGCCAAGGACGAACACCUGCAGCAGUACCAGGAAGUGUGUGCGCAACGGGACGAGAGCCAGAAGCAGCUGCUCCAGCUCCAGACAGAGUGUUCAGCCCUCCAGGCCCAGGUCUCAGUCCUGACCGAGCAGCAUGAACGGCACCUCCGGGCCCUGGAGCAGAGCAAGUCCCAGACGCGUGGGGGUGAAGCGCCUGAUCCCUCUGAGACGGUCAAGAAGAUCAUGAACCAGGUAUUCCAGUCCUUGCGAGGCGAAUUUGAGCUGGAGGAGUCGUACCAGGGCAGGACCAUUCUGGGGACCAUCAUGAACACGAUCAAGAUGGUGACGCUUCAGCUGCUAAACCAGCACAAGCAAGAGAAGGGGGAGAGCAGCAGCGAAGACGACGAGGAAGAAGAACAGCAAGCUCGCGGCCCCUCCCAGGAGCAGUCUGGCCCGGCCGGUUCCAGGGGUCCAGCUUCUGGAGCCCCGCGUGGGGAGAAGCAGGAGUCCCCGGGGCAGCAGGCAGUGACGGACACCGAGCCACCGCCUUCGCCAACCCUCCCUGCCCCACAGGACGGUGCUGAGAAGAGAGGGGAACCCCUGGACGCAGAGGGGCACUCGGAGAGGACAGAACCAGCUUCGCUUUUGGCGCCCCCAACGUCCAUCCCCCCCAGGCCUCCAGGCCCUGUCGCCGUGGACUUGGCGUGUGAGGAGACCCUUGCUGCCAGGCCAGGGGGCCCACCGAAACCCGCCGGCGAGGGGAUACAGGAUGCUUCCACGGGACUGGCCGUGACGUCAGAGCCCGGGGAGGACCCUCUGGCCACAAGGCCCCCAAGUCCAGGCGUGCCUCAGUCUCAGGAACUGAAGGAAGAUUCAGCUGCCGGGGAGCUGGCGAGCACGCAGGCAGGCGCUGCCCCUGCGGGCACCGCGCUCGGACCCAGCCGCUCCCCUCCGAGUGCCAGUCUAGCGGAGGACGAAGAGGAUGAGCUAUUUAAAGGGGCAACGCUCAAAGCCCCAGGCCCCGAAGCACAAACUGAGGAUGAGGAUGAAGACGAGGUGAGCAUGAAGGGACGCCCGCCCCCGAUCCCCCUUUUUGGAGAUGAUGACGAUGAUGAUGAUAUUGACUGGCUGGGAUGAAGACCCGGAAACCAGCCCCACACUUGCAGGGAAGGUUUCUCUGAGAGCCAGACCUUCCCUGAGCGCAGUCGCGUCCGGCGCCAGGGUGCGGUGAAGGUGGCGCCUUCUGAGAACAGCGGUUGAGCUACCCAGGAGCCUGACUUCAGAGUACAGGGUUGCGGCUGCUGCUGGUGACUUGCUCAGUCCCACUCGGGGGCGAGCCGGAAGCUUCCAGCAGGUCCGUGACAAGAGUCUCACCCUCCUGCCAAGCUUUUUACUCUCCGCUAACUCGGACUCAUCUGGGGAACUCGGUCUCUUCCCAGUGACCCAGCCACAGGACCUCUUGCCUGGGAUGUGGUCUCGGGGGUGGGACGAAUGCCCCCAGCCCCCAGCCCCCAACCAGCCUCACCUGCAGUCCCGGGACAUGUAUCUGUUCUCUGCCUUAAAUCUUGACU